UCUACUACCUACUUUGAGGUUUAUGUAGUCGGGAAAGCGAGUUGCGUCGCUCCCAUGUACACUCUUUCAGCUGGACUAUGGGAAAGAUUUUUCAAGAAGAGAGAUUAUUACGUUGUAAUCGUGGGUUUAGACAACGUUGGGAAAACGACAUUUCUGGAACAAAUCAAGUCUCACUUUGUGCAUGGUUAUGGUGCUUUGAAUCCUGCGAGAAUCACCAGCACUGUUGGCUUGAAUAUCGGGAAAGUGGAAAUCAAUAACACUUGCCUAAACUUCUGGGACUUGGGUGGACAAGAAGAUCUUCGAACGCUGUGGAGCAGCUAUUACGAUGAAGCCAAUGCUAUGAUCUUUGUGGUCGAUGCUACAAAACGGGAACUGUUUGCAGAAGUGUCCAGUGUUUUCAGGGAAGUGAUCUCAAAUGAAUACGUGCAACGGAUGCCGAUACUUGUAGCGGUCAAUAAAAGUGAAAUUGAAGGUUCAGCUGAAGCUGCAGAGGUAAUGCAUUCAAGUUUCUCUUUACUGUUUCUCAAUCUAAAUGGAUGA